GCGGAGGGAGGUCUUGCUUGAUAUUCUUCCAUCGUCUCUGGAAUUGUUCUAUGCGAAGGCGCUGCGCGAAUAUCCUUGACGGUUUCGCAGUUGGAGGUGCUGGUGCAUAGUGGACCCUGGCGGAAGCAGAACGAGCGGCAGUAAGGCGAACGCGAACGGUAUUACCCCCAACGGCGGACGACAUGACAUUUAGAGGGAAGUCGGUAGGAAGUCAGAGUCAAAGCUAUAGCCGCAAUAAGGGCUUGAUCAAGAACAUAUCGAGAUAUCAUUCAGAGGAAUGCAGUGGAGCAGAACUAAACGAAUGGCUGUGAUGCAGUAAGCUCCGUGAACAAUGUUGUUGCUUGACAGAACUCAAUCUGACAUCGGUGUUGCGGGGCAUUGGAAAUGCUCUACUCCGGCCCAGAAUAAAACUUCGUAAGCAAACUAGUCAGGGUAAACAUCGACCAGAGCGAAGGGUCCAAAGAUGCGUGGAAUAAAACAAGACCUGUUGUGCAUUAAUACGGUCAAAUUCAAGAGAACGAAAGAACUGUCGAACAAGAUAAACUUAGUUUUCUCCCCUCCAACAUUCAAUCACCGGUGUAUUUCACCCCUGGAAGGACACGUAGGUAGGAGAUGAACUGAGGAGUCCGUUAACGUCUCUACAUGCUGUGCGGUGUAUCCCCUGUAUCUUAGACAAUACUGCCAUGACUAGGCUUAUCAAACAGGUACCAGAGCCGAACUACUAGCAAUUAGCUGCAGUCAGGUUGCGGCCAUGAAGCUGUUCAUUUAGAUCAUUUGAUUUCCCUCACGAACCCGUCGGGACAUGCUGUCCUGCGUAUAUACGUAUUUGCAACCUGAUCGAGGGGUUUAUCUUGACCCUCGUCAAGGCCGUUACGCAUUACUCUCCUCUGUCCCUCCCUCAUCUCCUCAUACUGUCACCGUCCUGCCGGACGACGUACUUACCUGUAUUGCGAUAGAAGGCAACCCCGACUUGGCCGGAAUUGGCGUACGCGUAGCGUUCUAUAUACAAAGCGCCAUCAAUACAUUACUUGUUAUCGUUUCUCCUCGAGAUUCUGUACCUAGUGCAUGGGCGGGAACACUGCUUACCACUUCCCUUGUCAUUGCUGCUAUCGUGCAGAAGGUCAAUCACACACUGACUUUGCACCAUGCGACCCUUAUCAUGAAUUUUGCCACCCUGUCGUGUAUUAGUUCCUUCGCCGUCGCCCCCAUGUUACCCAUUUGGAGAUUGCGACCGAGCGAAUAUUACGCCCAAGAACUCGCUCGAAAUGCCGUUCACGAUGCUGGAGGCGACGACCAAAGUAAUAUCAUCGAAAGCCCAUUUUACAUCAACAGGCAGAAGAAACAUAUCAAGGCAGCUCAGAACCGCGAGCGCGUCAUACUUGCACUCGCGCUUCUCACACAGGUCGUCUUACAGUGGACAUGGGGGAUCAUUCUCUUUGUUUCCCCAACCUACAGUCAGAAGGAAUGCAGUGGUGAUACGGUACUGUUAUUCUUCCUCUAUCCAUUCCGAGUGAGAGAUGUCAAAGGCGGCAAAUUCGUUGUCUGGCCAUUUUGGCUAAUCUUUACACUCGGAAUCACACUCGCGCUCACCAUCAAUUUGGCGCUUUCGAGUCCCAACCGGGCACACGAUUCGCUGUCGCGGAGGUCAACGAUCUCCAUGAGCGCGGGUAACUCGUCGAGUACUCCUGUGUGGAGACAACUUGCUCGACUUACUGUUGAUGUGAUCCCCUCUUGGCAGGAUCGACCAAAGCAAGUGAUUUUCUGGGGAAAUACUGUCUCGUUCAUCCUCUGGUGUCUAUAUCUCAUAUCUUCUGAGUGGCAGCGGUCAUUGAAUCACAUUUCUGAGGGAGAAGAUGACUUUGGCGGCUUCGGUCAGGUAACGGCCAUCUUCCUCUCACUCGCACCACUAUGGAGUCUUUCAGUCGCAUUGUACAAGUAUCCUUCUCUCCGGCGUCGACAAGAACGUCAUCGACAGCGAGUAGCCGCGGGAGGAGGGGAACGAGAAUAUAUACCAACACAACACUCGGACGAGAGUCGAUCCUUACUUGCCCCUCUUGAUCACUCUCCGCAGCCUUCUGGAACUGCUGAAUCUUUUCAACUGAGUGACCUUGGGCCCACGCCAUUGUCCCAAUCUGGCUCGUCGCAUCGACGCGCUGCCGAUUCCUCGAGAGGCAAUAUUUAUGUUGUAACCGUGCCUAGUCCAGAAAUGGGCCUUAUGGACUGGGAGUACCAUCCUGAUAGUCCUGUGCAUUAAUUAUAUGUAUCUUGUAAUAAUCUACCGUAAUAUAAUGUGUAUCUGCAGACUUCCUACUUCUCUCGCAUAUGUGCAGCUAGGCGAGUAAUCAUGAACCCGUUGAGUAAGGCGACCAGUGAAGCACCUCAUUGAUUGCUCACAUGAUCAAGGAGCAUCUAUUAUUUUUCUAGGGGCCGUAUAGUGUAUCCCCUUUGUUAUGUACAGGUUUCGAGGCUUGCAAAAUAAUGCCCCAGCUUGUGU